GACCGGCCCCGGCCGGCCCGGUCUGCGCGGCGCGUCCGGCGAGCGACCUGUUUGUCAGUCGCUGAGGCCGGGCAGGGAUAGAGCGGAGUGGUUCUGCGGCCAGUCUGCCGGCGCGUGGGAGUGGGCUGAACGGUUGGACUGUGAACUGAGAGCUGGAGCCGAGAGCUUUUCUAUCGAGUUACAGCGGUGUGAUAGCGGCCGACUGUAGGUGCUGAGUAAAUUGAAUCGACAACGCCCGCACCCCAGCCGCCGCCAUGGGAUCCGGCUCCAAGCAGGCGCUGGACUAUUCGUCCGACUCGGCCGACAAGUAUUCGGCGCGCUACCUGCGCAACAGCAAGGCGAUCGGCGUGCUGUGGGCCGUGUUCACCGUGUGCUACGGCAUCCUGAGCGUGGUGGUACUGGUGCAGCCGCAGUGGGUGGGAGACACGGCUGACUCGCCCGGCUCCGGGUACUUCGGCCUCUGGCGGCACUGCGUCUACUCCAGCGCACUGCAGGUGGAGUCUCCCUUGGCCUGCGCCGGUCGGCUGACGGACCUCUCCAGCAUCGUCUCGGCGCCGUUCCGCGCGGCCACCAUCUUCGUGGGCCUGGCCGUCAUCAUUGCGCUGCUCUGCAUCAUCUGCUUCCUCAUGUUCUGCUUCCUGCGCUCCAGCACCGUGUUCCACCUCUGCGCCUGGAUGCAGCUGCUCUCCGGUAUCUGCCUGCUGGUGGCUCUGUUAGUCUUCCCAGUCGGCUGGGACGCCGGCCGUCUGCGGGAGGUCUGCGGACCGGAGGCCGACAAGUACCACCUGGGCCGCUGCGGCAUCCGCUGGGCCUACAUGCUGGCCAUCGUGGGCGCCAUCGACGCCCUGGUGCUGGCCGCGCUGGGCUUCGUGCUGAGCUCUCGCGAGGAGCAGCUGUGGCGGCAGCCGGAGCCGGCCGGCGUGCCGGCGCCCCCCGGAUCGGUGCUCUAUGAGGCGGCUUCGGUGGCAGGCUCGCGUCGCUCCAUGAACCUGCAGCCCGUGAUGCUGAUGCCGCAGCUGGACCAGGACCGGUACUCGGAGUUCUCGCAGAGGUCGGCGGUGUCGGCCCGGUCUCCGCCCGCCCCGGCCCAUAACUUCCACCUUUAAACGGCGGUGAAGGGGGAGACAGCUGUCCGUCCAAGCUGCUACCUACUUCUGUCCGCAAUCUCUAUCUAUAGCUGGCUAUGGAGCAGGAGACCGUUGUCGACUAACCUACAACGUUCAUCCGAAGGUGAUGAACGUUCAAGGGACACACCAAUCGGUCUCCGAUAGGGCUUACUGUGGCCAGCCCCCAUCUGUGGGGCGUCGGUGGACCGGUAGGAAAACAUCGGUGUCAUAAUCGCCAUUAUCCGUCCACGACUUGUGUUGACGAUUCCUGCUGUCACUGAAUUAUUUUACCGAGAUGCUGUACCUAUUGCCUUAUGUGGAAUUUGCUUGUUACUUGUUUUUAAUUUCAAUAUUCGGUACGCGUCAGUUUAGGUCAAGCCAUAGCACCAUAGCGUUGCUCUGUGUAUGAAAUGUUUUUCUCAGACGCAGUUGAAUGUGUUCAGACAUGUUCGGAAAAUGGACCCACUUCAUGACUUCAUUACAUACAACAGCGCAAAUGUUUACUCACUAAUAUUCUGCAGCUGGUAAGUAGCUUGUGGUGUCGUGAUGCAUUACUGCAGACACCGUUAGUACAUACUUCCUGCCACAGUGCUAUGCGAUGUAGUCCCUGACGAAGCAACGGACAACACUCAUUUGUAACUAUGUGCCAAUCAAAGGCCAGAACAGGAUCACACACCACUGGAGCCACCUGCAUACUAUGUAGUGUGAACAGAGUUCGAGAGAUCCGUGCCAGGAAUCACCGUUUGACUUUUAUGGGGAAGCCGCAGUGGAAUCAAUGCCACAAUGUAGAACAUGAUUGCUUACUAGCUGUGUUCUGCAUUGGUUGGCUUUUCUGUUUUGCUCCCGACCUUUCCGCUGGAUAUUUGUGGGUGUGUUUGAACUCGCAUUCGUGAGCACGCGUAUGUUUAAUGUUCUUUUGUCAGAUUUGUGUCUUAGAAAAACAUAGUAAGAAAGUGCGUAGUGUAAACCUUACGAAUGCACUUUAUGUAUCUUAUUAUGAAGCGUAUUGAUCUUUUAGUGACGUAAUAAACCGAGUGAACCGCC